AUGAAGAGCUUCCUCGUAGUCACGCUGGUGACAGCUGUUACAGCUACAGCGACUAGCACGUCUGCUCCUGCAUCGGGCCCAACAGGAUCUAGCUAUGCAUCUGGCUUUGACAUGACCAAGAGCUGGGCCAAUCUCAGCCCCUAUAAGGACGCAGACAGCUUCGGCGUUCCUAGCGGUGUCCCUCAAGGAUGUGAACUGUCUCAGGUGCAUGUUCUGCAUCGCCAUGCGCAGCGAUUUCCCACGGAUUACCCGUUGGACGGCGAGGGAAUGAUCAACUUCGCAGCCAAGUUGACCAAUUACAGCAAGGCUCACCCAAACAAGACCGUGGCUGUGGGUCCUUUGAAGUUCCUGAACAACUGGGACUAUGUUCUUGGCGAGGACACUCUUAUGGAGAACGGUGCUGCCACUGAGGCUACAGCCGGUGCCAACUUUUGGAUCAAGUACGGAAGACUGUUGUACCGUGCCGGACGUGAUAAUGUCGCUGCUUGGAGCUCAUCUCUUAACGUUUAUGCCAACGGCACAGAUCGCCCGACCCCAGUGUUUCGCACUACCUCCCAGGCACGUAUUUUGGAAAGCGCACGCUGGUGGCUUAGCGGCUUCUUUGGCAACAGUGGAGCGAACAGCUCGUACGAUCAGUAUAAUCUUGUCGUAAUUCCCGAGCAGGGGGAUUUCAACAACACUCUCGCUUCUUACGAAACGUGCACUUUUGAUUAUAUUGAAGGCGACAAUGCUGCUGAGGUUUUCAUUUCUCGAUACACAAAGAAUGCUCGCAUCCGUCUAUCUCACUACUUCCCUCGCAACUUCAACCUGACCGCCAUGGACGUGCUCGCCAUGCAGAACCUCUGUGUAUAUGAGUACACUAGUCUUGGCGGCUCAUCAUUCUGCUCUCUUUUCACCGAGCAAGAAUGGAAGGACUUCGAGUAUAACGUCGACGUGCAGUACUAUGGAGACUACGCCUAUGGUUCGCCCAGUGGUCGCGCCCAGGGCAUCGGCUACGUUCUAGAGCUCGCCGCUCGCCUCGAGCAAAAGCUCAUCAACUCCAGCGAUACAAGUAUCAACUACACCUACACCAAUAACGAAGCCCAGUUUCCAUUUGGCCAGCCCUUCUACAUGGACAUGUCUCACGAUGAUAUCAUCUUGUCUGUGAUCAACGCCCUUGGUCUCGACUAUUUCAAUUACGGUCCCAAGGGUUUGCCUUUCAACAUUGACCAUGCACCUGAGCGCAACUUCUCUCUCAGCCAGAUGACACCAUUUGGUGCCCGAUUCAUGUCUGAAAUCUGGACCUGCCCUCGUGACGUGUCAUUUGAUUCUUUGGACCCUGUUCUCUACACCAACCCUACCGUCAAGUCUACUGUCAACACCACGAAGUUCAUUCGUUUUGUGCUCAACAAUUCUCCUCUCCCACAAGAUGGACUUGUCGGUUGUGAGGAUUCCACCAAUGGUUUCUGCCAGCUUAAUAAGUUUUUGCGUGGCGUGCCCACCCUGAAGGACAAGGCGCAGUUCCAAAAGGCAUGCUUUGGUAACUAUACCACCGGCAGCCAGGUCGGGGAUGGUGCUCCUGAAUCUUAG